AUGAGGACCCCUAAAGAAAACAGAAUUGUUUGUAGGAGAUUACAUAGGGCUAAUAUGUUAUAUGCUACUAUGAGUGAUAAUUAUAAAUACAUAUGUAUUAUUACUUUAUGUGAUAAUAAUUAUAAUAUAGAAUUAUUUAGUACUCAUAAUAGUAUGCAUAAGUUAUUUAGAAAAUGUAUUAAUGAUGAGUUGAAUAAAGUUUAUAUUAGUAAUAAUAACUCUUAUAUUUGUGUAACCAGUAAGACUGGUAGUAUGUAUAUUCUUAAUAUAAAAGGAAAGAUAAUACAUAAGAAAGAAUCUCUUCAUGCUUUAUAUGUAUGUAAAAGGAAUGGCAAGUCAUCUCACCAAAAAACAUUUCAAAAUGGUAUAAAAAGAAAAAGAAGUCAAGAGGGGGAAGACCACGAUGAAGGACACCAUGAAUAUUCUCAUCUGUCAAAAAUUAAGAAAGAGAAAUAUAACUACGAAUUAUUAAAUAAAAUAAACGAAAUUAAAAAUGAUAAUACACCUAUUGUAAACACUUCUGAUCAUAUUAUUAACAUUUAUAAUAAUCAAGAAUUAAUUGAAGGGAAAGAAGCAAAAAAAAUAAAUAAAAUAAAUAGUAAUAGUAAUAUGGGUACAUAUAAAAAUCAUUCAAAAAACAAAGAACACGAAUAUACCAUACAUAAUCUUUAUUCAAUAAAAAAUGAAAAAAAAACAAAAGAGUCGAAUUCAGAAUGGAAUGACAAAAAAAUAAUGAACUCUAAUUCUUUGCUGUGUUCUGAAUUUUCAUCUGUUAAAAAUUUUUUAUAUGACAAUAGUAUUAUGUCUAUAAGUAGAACUGAAAAUGAUAUUAUAUCUAAUAAUGAUAUAUCUAAUAAUGAUAUGUCUAAUAAUGAUAUAUCUAAUAAUGAUAUGUCUAAUAAUGAUAUAUCUAAUAAUGAUAUAUCUAAUAAUGAUAUAUCUAAUAAUGAUAUGUCUAAUAAUGAUAUAUCUAAUAAUGAUAUAUCUAAUAAUAAUAUAUCUAAUAAUAAUAUGUCUAAUAAUAAUAUGUCUAAUAAUAAUAUAACUAAUAAUAUUAUAUGUAAUAAUAAUAUAAUCAAAAAAGAUAUACAACAGAAUGAAUAUGAAAAACAAGGACUAGAAAUAUUAGAUAUCCACUGGAUAAAUAUAGAAAAAGAAAAUAAAUAUGAAUUUAUUGAAAAAGCGGAUUAUAUGCAUAAUUAUAAUUUUCAUAAUACUAUACAUAUGAUAUAUAGUUUGGAUGUAGGUUUUUAUAUAUUAUGUUCUAUUAAUUUAAAAAUUAUUAUAUAUAAAUAUAAUAUAUUAGAAAAUAUUUAUAAAAAUAUUAAUGUAUAUAAUAAUAUAAGAAAUAAUAUUUCCAGAUAUUUUCAACAAGAAUUAUUAUACAAACGUUCAAAAGAAACAAAUGAAAAAUAUUUAAAAUUUUUAAAAAUAUCUAAGAAGAAAUUAUUUUAUAUUGAUACAAAUUAUAAUAGGAAUAUGUCUUAUAAUAGAUAUAUUAAAACAAACCAAAAAUCAAAAAAAAAAAAAAACAUACAUGUUAAUAAUAAUAUAACAUCGGUCACCUCCAAUAAUAAUAAUAAUAAUAAAAAAUAUAUGGCACCUUUAUUUAAUAAUCAUGAUAUAAGAAAAUAUUUCUCCUUAUCAUUUAAUAAUCAUCAUGAUAAAAAUAAUUCAUCUUCAAAUAAUCAUAAGGAUAACAAAAAAAAAUUGUCAUCAUAUAGAAAUAAGAACAUUUUGAAUGUAAAAAAUAAUAUAGUCCAACAAAUUUUUAACGAUUCUUUUUUUGAUAUAAAGCAGUCUUAUAUAUCUCAUGACCAACAUUAUAUAUUAAUAAAUUAUUAUUUAAAUAUAAAAAGAAAGUAUGUAAAAUUAUCAAACUUAAGUAUCUACAAUGUUAAGAAUAUCUCCCAGCAGUCAAUACAAACACAAUCAAAUAAAAAUAAUAAUAAAAAUAAAAAUAAAAAUGAUAAUCAUAAUAAUAAUCAUAAUAAUAAUCAUAAUAAUAAUCAUGAUAAUUACAAAAUAUUUGUGGAUAUUCAAAAAAUAUGCAAAAAUAGAGAGAAAAAAAAAUUCCAUCAUGAAUAUAUCAUUCCAUCACAUAAAUAUAAAUCAUGCCUAAUAGGCAUACAAAAAAUUCAUACCCUAAAUAAUAAAGAAUGUAAAUAUCUUGAAAUGCUUGUUUUAUAUAUUCUCUAUUGUUAUGAAAUUCUUCGCACUAUCUUUCAUAUAUAUGAACGUAUGUCUAAUUUAUAUUCUUCAUUUGAUGGUUAUAAAAAAUUAUAUGAAAUAUAUAAAAAUAUUUUAUUACUACCAGAUGCUAUAAAAAAAUAUUAUUACAAAGAUAAAUGUAUUAUCCAUUUUUCAAAGUAUAUAAAAAAUAGGAAAGAAAAUUUCGAUGAAAAUUUAUAUAACCUAUUUUUUAAAGAAAAUGAAAAGAAAGAUUUUGAUAACUAUUACAAAAUUAUUAAUAAAAUGGUAAAAGAAAAAACCAUCUGCUGUUCAUGUGCUAAGCAUAAUUAUUUUAAUCAACAAAAAUGUAAAAAAACAGAACAAUAUAUAAAGAACUAUCAAGAUGGUGAAAAAAAUGUAAUUCAUGGUCCAAACAAACAAGAAGACAAUCAUAUAAAUGAUAAUAAUAAUACAAAUAUUGUGUGUGAUUCAAAUGACUGUGGAAAUAUAGAAACAACAUUUAAGCAAAAAAAUAAAAAUCAUAAACAAAAAGAAAAACAAAUGAAUAAUAUCUUAUGUGGACAAGUUAAUAAACAUUUUAGAGACACAAAUGGAAGAAUAGCAACACACAAGAGUGAUAAUAAUAAUAAUAAUAGUGAACAUCCUAAGGAUGAGAAACCUUAUAAUUAUCAUAUGAAUAAACAUAGUUACUACAAUUGUAAUAAUAAUAAUUUUGAAGAUGGUGAUAUUCAUUAUAGUAGUGAUAAUUGCUCGAGUGUAGAUAUGACAGACGAACAUAAUAUACUGAUUCCAGAGUGGAAAAUUUUAAAGAAAUUUUUAAAAAGUAGAAAAUUUUAUAUAACAAAUGGAGAUACUAUAUGUCAAAGUUGUAAAGAAAUUUUAAAAAAAGAUGUAUUAGAACAUUUUGAAAAAUUUGAAUUAAAUUAUGAUAUACCAAAAAAAAAUAUAAAUUUAAAUGAAGAAGAUAUAUAUAAUUUAUUAAUAAAAGAUAUAUAUAUGAUGUAUAAAGAAAAAAAAUGUCCUAUAAAUAUAUUAUUAUUAUUACAAGAAAUAUCAGAUAAAGAUUUAGAAAUUUAUAUGAAUAAUUUUCAACCAGUAGUUUGUUUUUUUGAAAAAAUAUUUCUUCAAAAUAUAAAUGAACAUAUAAAUAAUUUAUAUAAAAUUAUUAAUAUAUGUAAAGAAUUAUUCGAAAAUAUUAAUUUCAUAUUAAAAACUAAUAUUUCUAAUGAACAUAUAAAUAAAUUAUAUGAUAAUAUUUUAUUCUGUUUAAAUACAUUCAAAUCAUUUUAUGAAUUACAAAAACAUUUAAAUAUAUUCUUAUUAUUAAUAGAAUUAUUAUUAUUUAUAUCCAAAAAUAUAUAUUUUGAAAAUUUCCCACAUUAUAAAGAAACAUUUUCAAAUUAUAAAAAUAUUGAAAUUCUAAAAAAUUAUAAUAUAGCUACUCAUCACAAUAUCAAUUUUCAUUUCUUUGAUCAGCAUUUACAUUCUAAUCAUAUCAAGACACAUCCAUUAUAUAUUAGAUUCAAUAAAAUUAAAUAUAAUUUAAUUAGUAUACUUAAAUCAUUUUCUCAAAAUAAAAAUUUACAUCAUUUAUUUAAUUUUGCUAUAUUUAACGUACCACAAAAUACAUUUAAUUAUUUUACACUCCCAAAAAUAUAUAAUAAAAAAAUAUAUAAUAUAAAUAAUCCUAUUCCUUAUUUUAAUGAUUCUAUAUAUAAAGAAUAUGUCCACAUAAACUCUUUCUACCUAUGUAAGUGUGAUAAAUAUUCCUUUAUAAAUAUCACAAAAUAUUAUCAGUCAAACCAAACAUUUAAAUUGAUAAACACAAAAUAUCUUAAAAUUAAUUUGUAUCCUCUAGAUGUUCUAAAUAUAGUGGCCUUGUCAAAAAACGUCUUUUAUAUAUUUACCAGGAUUGAUCAGAAAUUAAAUAUAACAUCAUUGAAAGUGAAAUAUAAUUCAUCUAAGAAAAAUAUUUUAAAAUCUAAAAAGGAAUGCAUCACAUCGAGUAAUAUAUGUAUUUUAAAAUGUUCCAACUUGGAGUCUUAUUUUCCAAAUUCAAAUAAUAUCAAUCUAAAAAUUCAAACCUUAUGUAAUUCUAUCAUUGCAAACUUCGAACCAGACAUGUGCUUUAUAUUACAAGCGUGA